AUGCUGUCGACGGACUCGGAUAGAAGCGACGACGAUGAGGAUGACGAGGAAGAUUAUGACGACUUCGACUCGGAUGACUACUCUGACAAAAUGGAAGAUGUCGAGACUCCUCCAAGUCGUGACCAUUUCGACGGGCUGUCAAAUUGUAGUGGCUGCUCAUCGAGAAGCCCGACCCCAGCCUCGCUAGAAAUCGCUGGGGAUCCCGCCCAACUUACGAUAACGGGAAUAACUGGCAGCGAUGACGCACAGCUCUACCAUGCAGUGUUGGACAUGGGCGGUACCAACCAACGGUCGAUUUUGCUGAAGGCCAUUGCACGAACACGAGCAAGUGAUUUAGCUGACAAACUCGCUACAUAUGAACGACUCGAUGCGAGAACGUCAGCAAACAAGUCCCCCAGCCUCGUUCCACAGUGCUUGGGUGCUUUCGAAGACCCGCAUUGUGCCUGGGUGGGAGCUAUACUCGAGCAUUCGGAGAGCUGCCCGCCAUUCGAUGCGUUAUCCCCACCGAGAAAAACGAUGUGUAUAAUGCUCUGCGCCGUCUCCAUAGCCUGGGUGUGCAACCGGCUCUUUUCGCGAUGA